GCUGUAGUAGACCUCAACGAAAUGUCAAGUCACCAGUAAGUCUUAAAUAUGUGUAGUACUUCCUUCAGUUAUUAUUGUUUCAAGGAAUACAUUUUUAAUGAUCAAUGAUUGCUGUUUGUAGUGUUUCAUGUUCAUGUGACAUUUCAGUCGACUUAAGCGAUGCUUCUCAACGUAUCAUGCUGAACAAGCAUUUCACAAGCUAGGAUGACUUCUAUAGUUCGAUAGAACAGUUUUAAAAAAUUACCCAUAUUCAUUAUAUCCACACAGAAAGCAAAUUGCUCAAGGAUGUCAGGUUCAAAUACCUUUUUGUGACAUUUCAUUGCACAUUCGGUCAUAAGCGUAAAUCAGAAGGUCUGAAAAUGAAUCAAAAACCGUGAGAACUGUAACUAAUAUGUGACGUUCAAGGUCUAAAAUUAUUAACUGCCAAUUGAGGUUCCGCGUAAGAUUGGAAGAGGAAGGAUAUGUUAUCAUAUAAGAUGCUGCACAAUCAUCCUUGUAGUAGUUCGUGGAUGGUUUGUGGCCCAUCGACUAGAAGAUUGUCGUCCAAAGGAAAAUAAAAUUUGAAGCCGGUCAUAUUGCAGUCUCAAUCAACGUAUGAACUAAUAAAAACUGUCAAAGAUAGGACUGGUAGACAGGUCACUGCUGCCGAUGUGAAGACUAUGAAAGCUAAACUCUCCACAGGUUGUACGGCGCGUAAGCAAACUGAAAAAUGUGUGUUUCGUUUAUGCCGAAUAUGAGGAUGUCGUCUGGUUGUUCAUGGUGGACUGUGGACAGCAUUACGAGGUGGAUAUAAACAAUUUCAUACCAAUAGAUCAACGUUUACAUGUGCAUAAAGCCCCGCAGGAUUAAAAGAAUUGGGACAAUCUCUUGAUUCGUACCGUCAAAAAUAUCUAGAACAUGACCAUUGCAAGCAUGGAUGAGCAGGAAACAAUCCAUACUGCAGUGAAACGAGGUGAUUUUGUGGCACUCAAAGGAAUGAUUUCGAGUGGAGCCAGUGUAAAUGAAGUAGAUAAACAUUCGUUUACACCUUUACAUUGGGCUGCCAACGUAGGUGCGAUAGAGAUUCUACAAUAUCUACUGUGGAAAAAUGCUGAUCCUUCAUUGGUGACUAAAAAUGGUUGGACAGCCGUUCAUAUAGCUGCCAUCCGAGGCUAUGAGAAAUGUAUUCAGUCACUGGUUGACAGAGGUGUGAGUGUCUCUGUUAAAGACAAAUACGGUCAGACUCCUGGCCAUCUGGCCUCAAUACAUGGAAAUUCCGGUAGCCUUUUAACCCUUCUACGCGCUGGUGCUGAUCUUGAAACAGUGGAUAUUAAUGGAUGGACAAUGUUACAUGCAGCUUCAUUUCACGGACGACUAGGAUGUGUCCAACUGUUACUCAGGUGGGACCUGCGAAUAGAGGACACUGACAAAGCUGGAAACAAUGCUGCUCAUCUAGCAGCAAUGGAAGGCCAUUUACCUGUGUUACAGUACUUAAUGAGUCAAGUCCAAACUCCAUUGUACAUACUCGACACUCCCAAUGAUCAUGGAGAAACUGCUGAAGCUCUAGCUAAACGAUUUUUGAAAAACGAUGUUGAAUCGUAUAUAAAUAAAAUCAAAACAGAACAGACAUUCCAUAGAGGAUCAGAAUACUCAGAGACAUUGGCGUUUCCAGCACAUGCUGCAGCUUAUUCUGGGGACUUAAUCCAACUACGUGUUUUAAUAGAGUCAGGGACUGUAAAGAUAGAUGAAAGAGAUGAACAGGGUGCAACACCAUUACACAAAGCUGCUGGUCAAGGACACCUGAAGAUAAUUCAGUGGCUUCGAGAAAACGGUGCUGAUCCAAAAUUAAGAAAUGAACUGGGUGAAUCACCAGCCGAUGUAGCUAGAAGGUAUGGUCAGUUAGGAGCGCUAAAACUUUUAUCACCUAAAUCUGAUGGAGAACAUGAGAAUGAAGAAAUUUCAGAUAUUACAGAUUUACCAACUGAUAUUCCGCUUGGUUAUACUGAAGGUGAAAAAACGCAUCAACUCAUAGUGGAUAAAAAUGGCGCAAUCGGUAGAGCUAAAAUUAGAAUUGAAAAAUUAGAACGUCUGUUAGAAUUGGCUAAAUCAGAUUAUAAGCAACUGGAUGGUCCAAUAGAGAAAGAAGAAAAACAAAGAAUCGAUUCCUUGAAUGAACUCGGCCGAAUGAACAUAGUGUUUUGAAACCACUGAAAAAAACUAAGAAAAUGAAAUUAACUAGAUUUCAGUUUUAAUGUAUAUCGUUACUCCAUAUAUGUGUGCUAAACAAAUUAUUGUUCACUAAACACAUUAUUUACGUCAUUAUCGAUGUGCUCAUUUAUUCUCUUCAUCACAAUUCUCCUCUCAUCCUAACGACAAGUCUAGACAGUUAUACAAAAUUGUGCUAUCUACAAGUAAGCUAUACUCCGAUUCCCUUUUGUCACUUAAUUACAUAUAAUUUUAAUUAGCCUGACAUAUUCUAACUUAAAAAUAUCACUAAACUUGCACUUCAUUUUGUGACUGUUUAAUAGGAAAACCUCACUCAGCCUGAGAUGGAUUUGUUCCGUUCAUGAUAAACACGUUUUAUUGGACUGCUUUUCACUUCAAACUUGUUGCAUAUUAUUUGACCUACUUAACAGUUUCAUAAGUAAUUUCAAUGGUUAAGAUCAUGAGUCAGUUGAAGCUAGACCACCAUGGAAAACCUGGAAGCACUGGACGGCCGUCUCGUCCUAUUGUGGGACUCCUCAGCAGUGCGCAUCCACGACCUCACCCCUGCGAGAUUCGAACCCAGGACCUACUGGUUCCGUGCGCGAGCACUCAACCACUAGACCACUGAGCCGACAUUCAACGGUGUUAAUGUCUAACUUCAACUAAUCAUAAUUGUUGCAUCCUUUGGUAUUUACUAAAUUUCAAUAUGGAACCAUACCCUCUCUGUAACAUUUAAUCAGUUGGUGUUUACGAUUUUGUCAACCCAGGAUAUAUAGGAUAAUUUUUUUCAAAGACGUGUAGUUAAUUGUUCAUUUAUACUGAUUCGUCUUAUCAACUUAUAUGGUAAAUGAUGGGAUCAAUAUCUUUGGUGAUACAACUAUCGACUUCAAUGCUAUUUAAAAACAUUUAUCUACUGAAUAAGCAGUUAAGACAACGUGUUAAUACAAGAUAAACAAAGUAUAUAAUGAAAACUAUUUAACUGAAAUCUAAAAUCUAGAUAUAUGCUACUGUGAAAUAUGCGUAAUCUAUUUAUUUAUAUAUUUGAACACAUAGGUAUUUGUACAAAGAGGCACCAGAUACAUAUACGC